ACACACACACACACACACACACACACAAACACAUAUAAAAUACCUUUUAUUUGCCAACACACACACACACACACACGAACAGCUUGGAUUGCUGCUGCCAAAGAAAAGGAGCUGUUCUCCCGUAACUCUUAUGCAACUCCCUUUUCUUUACCUUUCGCUCAUCUUCUUUCACUCGCCCGCUCUUUCAACAACACCAACCCCCUCCCCUUUUAUCUUUCAUCAUUCCAAACCUGCUACAAAAACAACAACAAGCAACUACAACAACAUCCCUCGCGUUUUUCUAUACAUUUGUUUUAUCUUUUUCCCUUUUGAGUCUUUUCUCUUAUCCACACUGGUCUACCUCCCCUUUUCCACUUCUUCUCUCGCAUGUACAAACCAUUAUUCUUUAGGGCUUUCUUUUCAUCAUCAUCAUCUUAUCACUCUUACUCGUUUCUCAGAACCCCCAACUGUAUCAUAAAACCUUUUCUUGUAAACCAUCAUCGCAAGUUUCUCGUACAAAAUCAUUAAAAAAACCUAAUAAUUUCAAUACCUCCAACUCAGAUCAUCUUCUCACCAAUGCUUUAUUACGUUCUUACUUUACG